UUGGAUUAAAGAAUUUUUACUUGACAGAGUUAUCCAAGUCAGAAUUGGGACAGCACUAUCGAGAAGAUACCCGGUGGAGAAUGGUACACCUCAGGGUAAUGUAAUCAGUCCAAUACUGUUCUCCAUCAUGAUAAAUGAUGUGUUCCUUCGAGUUCAGAGUGAUAUUGGACGAUCCCUAUUCGCAGAUGAUGGAGCGUUGUGGAAGAGGGGGAAGAACAUAAACCACAUUAAAGGGAAGGUACAAGAGGCCGUGAAUGAAGUAGAAAGAUGGUCUUAUGCAUGGGGAUUCAAGUUUUCUGUGGGGAAAACUAAAACAAUUUGCUUUACUAGGAAGAGAGGAGUGGUUACUCAGCUAAAGCUAUAUGGGCAAAUUAUUGAACAAGUGAAGGUUUUUAGGUUUCUAGGGGUGUGGUUCGAUGGUAAGCUAACAUGGAAUGAGCAGAUUCAGAUGAUAGUUAGGAAAUGUAAAAAUAUUUUAAAUGUGAUGAGGUGUCUAACCGGGUCGGAAUGGGGAGCCAGCAGGCCUGCAAUGAAGAAUAUUUAUAUUGCGCUGAUGAGAUCAGUUUUUGAUUAUGGGUGUAUCGCGUUUGGAACUGCGGCAAAAACGUCACUAAAAAAGUUGGAUGUGGUGCAAUCUCAGGCUCUGAGACUUUGUUGUGGGGCUUUGAGAACAAGUCCUGUGUCUGCUCUCCAGGUGGAGGUGGGUGAGAUGCCGCUGCAUUUGAGACGUAAACAAUUAAUGUUGAGCUAUUGGGCCAAUCUGAAGGGCAUUCCGUGGACAAGCAGCCAACCACAAAGGGGCUCAUGCCGUGUUGGGAAAGCCAAAGGGACAAACGGGGCUGCUUUGCGUGGAGUAGUGGACAAUUUGCAAGGGAGAUGGGGUUGAAUCAGAUCAAAUUCACUGCUACCGUGUCGCUAUCGGUAACACCUCCGUGGUUAUUUUCCUCAGUAUUAGUUGAUCAAUUUGUUCUCACUCUGAACAAAACCCAAGCACUUAAAAACAUUGACAAUAUUGCAGGAAUGGUGGAGGAUAGGCUAAAGACGACAUAUAAAUCAUUUACUCCGGCAUUCACGGAUGGAUCGAAAGAUCCUCGUACAGGUAGAACCGGUUUUGCGGUCACCAUCCCAUCUUUUGGUUAUGAAGUAAAACGGAGAUCGUCAGACCAUCUGUCGGUGUAUACAGUCGAGACAUUGGCCAUUCUAGCAGCACUACAGUGGGUGGAGGAGGUUCAGAUAAGUAAUGUCAUCAUUUGUUCGGAUUCCAGUUCAACAUUAAUGUCAUUACAAUCACUCACAUCUAACAGCAGGCAGGACUUAAUCAAUGAAAUACACGAAGCACUUUUCCGUCUUAAGCAUCUGGGUAUUUUGGUAGCAUUCAUGUGGGUGCCGGCACAUAGAGGGGUAAAGGGAAAUGAAGCAGCAGACAAACUAGCAAAGCAAGCAUUGGAAUGUCAGAACAAGAAGGAUAUUUUAUUUAGCAAAUCAGAAGCUAAAUCAAUAAUAAAGGUAAACAUUAUUAAGGAAUGGCAGCACAGUUGGGAGGCAGGAGGCACAGGAAGACAUCUGUAUACUAUUCAGAAGGAUGUUAACAAGGGGAGGACAACAAUAUUUAGCACUAGAGAAGAAAACAUAUUGAGUAGACUCAGGAUUGGACAUACAAAGCUAAACAAAACAAUGCAAUUAAUUAAUAAACACCCAACCGGACUGUGCGAGUCCUGCAAGACAGCAGAAACGGUGGAUCAUAUCAUGUGGCAUUGCCAGAAAUUUGGAAACGAGCGAGGCAGGUUGAAGAGGAGGCUGGCAGUAGGAGGGGUGCAAUUGAGGGAUGCAUUAUCCUUGGGGGCAGGAAGGGUGCUGCAGUAUCUGAAGGAGACAGGGUUGAAGAGAAGAAUUUAGGGCACUGAAGUUGACAGGGCUCCCUUCUUAGUUUAGUUUUUUUUUUUUUGAGGGGAUAAAGGGCUUGCUAUUUCUAGUUCGCAAAGAAAGGCAGUAGGUGGCGGUAAUGCACCAGUUUGGAUGCCAGCCGCCUAAAAACAAAAAGAAGAAGAAGAAGAAAGACCGGGCUACGGAAGCUCGAGAGGAACAGAAGAGGUGAAACAGCAGCGCGAGCUGGAAGUGGACGGACCCGAGUGGAGUCAACGGUUUUCUGUGAGUUCGUGAAAAUGUGAAACGUCGAAGUCCGAGGAGGAACGUUGCAGUUUAAUAGAGGAGCGCGAGCGCCAACGGAAACUACUGGACACCAUUUUCAACCCAGAAGUUACAGCGAGCAGACGUCCAGCAGCAGUUGGUGAUGAAACAAGAGGUUCCCCCUGAACAGCAGGACUGGAGCUCCAGUCUGGACCAGGAAGACCCAGAGCCUCCACACAUUAAAGAGGAACAGGAGGACCAGGAGAACCCAGAACCUCCACACAUUAAAGAGGAACAGGAGGACCAGGAGAACCCAGAACCUCCACAUAUUAAAGAGGAACAGGAGGACCCAGAGCCUCCACACAUUAAAGAGGAACAGGAGGACCAGGAGAACCCAGAACCUCCACACAUUAAAGAGGAACAGGAGGACCAGGAGAACCCAGAACCUCCACACAUUAAAGAGGAGCAGGAGGACCCAGAGCCUCCACACAUUAAAGAGGAGCAGGAUGAACUCAGGAUCAGUCAGGAGGGAGAGCAGCUUCAAAAGCUGGAGGAGGCUGGAAUCAAGUUCUCAUUCACCCCUGUAAAGAGUCAAUAUGAUGAUGAGGAAGCUCAGCUCUCAAAGUCCAUAAAAACGGACAAAAGAGAGGCAGAACAUUUGAAAACAGAAGCAGACGGAGAGGAAGUCAGAUCCACAUCAGAUGCAGAUAGUCCUUUACAACCAACUGCUGAUGAGACGUCACAAUCCUCUGAAUGUGAGACUGAUAACAGUGACGAUUGGAAGGAGACUCAGGAACCUCAGUCACGUUUAAACCCUUUGGAAAACAAUGAAGUCCCUGUAGGUGACAUGGACUGUGGUACUGGAAACGCAUCAAUUAGCUCUUCUCAAUAUGCUGGAAGCUUUGGCCAAAAGAGACAUCCGAAGAGACACUCUGGAGCCAAAACAGGAGUGACCAGUUCUUCAGUUUGUGGUAAAACAUUCAGACAAGUGCAACCUCUGAAACAACACUCAACUGUUCACACAGGGGAGAAACUAUUCAGUUGUUCAGUUUGUGGUAAAACAUUCAGCCAAGCAGGCAAUCUAAAACUACACUCAACUGUUCAUACAGGUGAGAAACUAUUCAGUUGUUCAGUUUGUGGUAAAACAUUCAGCCGAGCACGCUAUCUGAAACUACACUCAACUGUCCACACAGGUGAGAAACUAUUCAGUUGUUCAGUUUGUGGUAAAACAUUCAGCCGAGCAGGCGAUCUAAAACUACACUCAACUGUUCAUACAGGUGAGAAACUAUUCAGUUGUUCAGUUUGUGGUAAAACAUUCAGCCAAGCAGGCAAUCUAAAACUACACUCAACUGUUCAUACAGGUGAGAAACUAUUCAGUUGUUCAGUUUGUGGUAAAACAUUCAGCCGAGCAGGCUAUCUAAAACGACACUCAACUGUUCAUACAGGAGAGAAACUAUUCAGUUGUUCAGUUUGUGGUAAAACAUUCAGCCAAGCAGGCAAUCUAAAACAACACUCAACUGUUCAUACAGGUGAGAAACUAUUCAGUUGUUCAGUUUGUGGUAAAACAUUCAGCCGAGCAGGCUAUCUAAAACGACACUCAACUGUUCAUACAGGAGAGAAACUAUUCAGUUGUUCAGUUUGUGGUAAAACAUUCAGCCGAGCACGCAAUCUGAAAAUACACUCAGCUGUUCAUUCUGGAAAAACAAAUUAGCGUUCAGUUUUCUAUAAAAGAUUCCCUCUUCUCUGAUUUAAAAAGAAAUCACAAUUGCAUUGUUGAGGUCAUCAGAAAUAAAUGAGACAUUGUUGUUGUUGAUGUUGUGAGCAGAGUUGAUGUUCAUGAUAAGGUUGAAGUGUUCUUGCUUGUGUUGCUGCAAGUCUUAAACCUAUAUGAUAUAUAUUUAUAUGUUUAUACGUCAAUCUAUAUUUUUUUAUAUAUAAAUAUAUAUUUCUAUAUAUAUAUAUAAUUAAAUAUAAAUAGAGAUUUAUUUAAAAACAAAUUCCUUUAUAUAUAUAUAUAUAUAUAUAGUGUAUGUAUUUUGUUUAGAUUAUUUCUUUACGUUUCUUUAUUUAAUUUUUUUGGCUUUUAUUUCUGUUAAUUUUUGCUAGUUAUUAUUGACAAUGUGAAACUGUUUAAAGACAAAAUACUUGCAACGUCGAUAUCGCUGCUUUCACAAUUUCCGGCUAUGGCUCCGGUCAGCUGACCCUGAACUGGCCAAUCAGAAGUGCCUCUGUGGUAAAUCCCGGGUUGUUUUGAUAGGGACGCACAGUGCUGAGCGGUUCACACCAGAGAGACCGCGGGGAGACAUGACGGUGGAGACCUCCGUAAGAGGUGGUAUUGUAAAAGUAUUACUCCUUCAUGAUUUAACUAUAAUAUUCUGAUGUACCUGGCUUAAUGUUUUUAUUGUUUUGACUCGUCUUUAUCUAUUAUUAUCUAUUUUUUUAUUGUGUCUUUAUGUAAAGCCUCAAUGUACUUUAUUUACAUGCUUAAAGUUAAGUUUAUGUUAAUAAACACAUUAUUAUAAACACAGUAUUUUUGACACAGCUGAAGCUGAAGUUUUGUGAUGGUCUAAAAAUAAUAAUAAAAUACUCUGCUUUAAAUGGUAA